AUGAAUAGACAGAAUAAAUGUCCCAAUUGUGGACAUACUCAGUUUGACGUGAAUAGAUACACAGCAGCAGGAGAUGUUUCAUGUCUAAGAUGUGGUACUGUGCUAGAAGAAAAUCCAAUCGUUUCCGAAGUUCAAUUUGGUGAAUCAUCAAGUGGUGCUGCAAUGGUUCAAGGUGCAAUGGUUGGAGCAGAUCAAGCAAGAGCUACAUUUGCUGGUGGAAGACAAAAUGCAAUGGAAAGUAGGGAACAAACUAUAAGUAAUGGUAAAAGAAAAAUUAGAAGAAUAGCUGCAGCAUUAAGAAUACCUGAUCAUAUAAGUGAUGCAGCUGGUGAAUGGUUUAAAUUAGCACUUACAAUGAACUUUGUACAAGGUAGAAGAUCAAAUAAUGUUUUAGCUACUUGUUUGUAUGUUGCAUGUCGUAAAGAAAAAACUCCUCAUAUGUUGAUUGAUUUUAGUUCAAAAUUACAAAUAUCCGUAUAUUCAUUAGGUGCAACUUUUUUAAAAAUGGUCAAAGCAUUACACAUUACAGCAUUACCAUUAGCUGAUCCUUCAUUAUUUAUACAACAUUUUGUUGAAAAAUUAGACUUUAAAGAAAAGACUCAAAAAGUAGCAUCAGAUGCAUUAAAGUUAGCUAAAAGAAUGUCAGCUGAUUGGAUACACGAGGGUAGAAGACCAGCAGGUAUAGCAGGAGCUUGUGUAUUACUAGCGUCAAGAAUGAAUAACUUCCGAAGAAGUCAUGCUGAAAUUGUUGCCAUUUCUCACGUUGGACAAGAAACAUUACAAAGAAGACUAAAUGAAUUUAAAAAAACUAAAACUGCACAAUUAUCAGUACAAAGUUUUAGAAAUGAACAAAAUGCAGAAACUUCAAACCCACCAUCAUUUGAAAAAAAUAGAGACCAAGAAAUUAAAAUUUUAAAACAACUACAAAUACGACAACAAGAAACUUUUAAAAAUCUACAAGAUAUGACAGAAGAAGAAAAACAAAAAUUUAUGGGGAAUUUAAGUCAUGAUGAACAACAAAAGCAAAUGUUAAUGAAUACAAUUAUGAGUGAUAUAACAAUUAAUAAAGAUUUAAUAAAUGAUCAAAUUGAAAGAAUACUAAAAACCAAAAAGAAUAAAUUAGAGGAAAGCCUUUAUAAAACACCAGGUGAAAAAACAAGCGAUUUAAAAGAAAUUUGGAAUUUAAAUUGGCCUAAAAAUUUAUCAAAAUUACCAAAAUCAGAUGAAUUUUUAAGUAAGAUUCCAGAUGGUGAUUUAAAUUCAGAUGAUGAUGAUGUAAUAGUCGAAGAAAGUAAAAUGACUCCUGAAGAAAUUGCAAUGAAAGAAAGAAUAUGGACUGGUUUAAAUCAUGAUUAUAUGGUUGAACAAGAACGUAAAAGAUUAAAACAAGAAGCUGAUGAAUUAACUGGAAACACUUCUGCAAAUAAUGGGAAUAAACGUAAAAAGGCAAGGAAUUCAAUUCCACCUGAAAUCCAAAAAGAAAUUGGUGAUAUUGUAUUAGAUGAAGAUGGUACUCCUAAAAAUGCUGGUGAUAGUGCAAGAAUGUUUUUUGCAAAAAGUUCUGUAUCUAAAAAGAUUAAUUAUGAUUCUUUACAAGGUUUAUUAGGUGAUAAAUUAUAG